GAAACAGAACCACUAUUUGUACUAAUCAUGACUAUAAUUAUAUUUAAAAAUAAAUAUAACCAUCAUAAAUUAACAAAUUUCAUCACAUAACUAACUUCAUCAACAAACUCGCGUCAGCUAACAACUCUUUAUCAGCUCACUGAGCUCCAUACAUCGCCUAACUGUUUGUCGUGAACAAACCCUAUCAACUUACUAACUUUACUGAUAUUAUUAAAUUGACUAAAUUUGCUGUCACACUGUGAAAUCCCACCUACGUCCUCACAAUUCGAAAGAUGCACCCACUCUAACCCAACAAAUAAACAAUAAUGUGAACAUGUAAUAAAAUAUCCAUUUUCAUUUGACUAAAGCAUACCUCACCCAUAUCCCAUAUAUUUUGCCUCUUCUCAACAUCUAUCCAUACACAUAGUGGGAGGGAAAUAAAUAUUUUUAGAAUAUCAAAUUUAAAAGAAAAAAACCGAAAUUAAAGAAAACCAUGUCCAUGGCUUCCGAAUCCGACUCUCCAAACUUCAUAUUGGUCCCAUUAAUGUCGCCGGGUCACAUAAUCCCCAUGAUUCAAUUGGCCAAACUUGUAGCCAAACGCGGCGUCCACGUCUCCAUCGUCGUCACUCACCUCGACGCCUCCCGCUUCAGCUCAACUAUCGCCGCCUCCGGCCUCCCGAUCCGCCUCCUCAAAGUCCGCUUCCCCUGCGACGAGGCCGGCCUCCCGCCCGGCUGCGAGAGCGCCGACCUCCUCCCGUCCUUCACCCUUCUCCCCAACUUCUUAAACGCCACCAAGCUGCUGCAGAAACCCGUCGAAGCCGUGCUGCAACGCCUCUCGCCUCCUCCCACCUGCAUCCUCUCCGACAAGAACCUCAUGUGGACCGUCCAAACGUGCGACGCUUUGAAGAUUCCGAGGUUAGUCUUCGACGGCAUGAGCUGCUUCACUCAACUAGUCACUCACCAUCUCUACACCUCCAAGAUAUACCAAACACCCGAUCCCACGCAGCUUUUCCACGUCCCCAAUUUCCCGGAUAAGAUCGAGUUCAGCCGAUCCCAGCUGCCGGCAUUGUUCAAUCCCGGCCCCAGCGACGACAAGGGCCACCGCGAGCGCGUGAGGGAGACGGAGCUUCUAUCUUACGGCAUGGUCGUCAACACCUUCCACGAGCUCGAACAUCGCUACAUCGAUGAGUUUCGCAAGCUGGGAAGAGGAAGGAUUUGGUGCAUCGGGCCGUUAUCGUUGUCGUUAUCCCUCUGCAACGAAGAGGAUCACGACGAUGCCGUGUCCGAUCACGACUGCUUGAAAUGGCUGGAUGAUAAGAAGCCCGGGAGCGUCGUCUACGCCUGCCUCGGCAGCCUCAGCCGCCUCUCCGCCGCCCAGUUCGCGGAGCUCGCCCUAGGGUUGGAGGAUUCGGGCCGUGAGUUUCUGUUGGUUCUGAAAGAAAAUCCGGAGAUGGAGAGAUGGAUCAGCGGCGACGGGAUCGAGGAGAGGGUAAAGGGGAGAGGGUUUUUGCUGCGGGGGUGGGCGCCCCAGAUGGCCAUCCUGGGGCACCCCGCGGUGGGGGCGUUCCUGACGCACUGUGGAUGGAACUCGACUCUCGAGGGGAUCUCGGCGGGGGUGCCGAUGGUGACGUGGCCGAUCUUCGCGGAGCAGUUCAUGAAUGAGAAAGUGGUGGUGGAGGUGCACGAGAUUGGCGUGAGCGUGGGGGCGAGAAGGGUGGUGCAUCUGGGGGAGGAGGAGGAGGAGAAGGUUGAGGAUAUGGUGAGGAGGGAGGGGAUCAGAGAGGCUGUUGAGAGGGUGAUGGAUGAGAGAGUGGAGGGAAGUGAGAGAAGGAAGAGGGCGCGGGAGCUGGGAGAAAGGGCUAGGAGGUCGGUCAAGGAAGGAGGAUCUUCUUAUCAAAAUAUUACAACCCUAAUUCAGGAUAUUACGGAUUUCAUCUACAAGAAUUAAUCAUCCGACAAGCUAGCGUUCCACAAGUGAAUUCCUAUCUCCCACUAUAUAUUACUCUCAAUUUAUUAUAAAUUUUAAUUUUAUUUAA